AUGCCAUUAUGACGGAACAAAAUAUUUCGAUAAUAUCUUUGUUUACACUUUUAUUAUUUUGUGGUGUCACAAAUGGAUUGGGUAGGAGCAGAAGAUCGGCAGCCGAAGAAGGUUCUACUCUCAUAGUGUGCGAAGGCGGACAGUUCAUCGCGACUUGUCCUUACGGCACUUCAGUGAAUGUAACAGUAGCCGAUUAUGGGCGAACAUCAAACGAGAACAUUUGCGCCAAACAGGGAAUGGAUGGGAGUGUAUUGUGUAAAAGUGCUAGCGCCCUCUCCCGUGCGAAAAAAUUCUGUGGUGCGAAAACAAGGUGUAGUAUGAAGGUUAGCGUAGACACCCUCGGAAGGCCGGUUACAUCAGACGAAGAGAGUUGCUACGAUACAAGCAAAUACCUGAGGCUCGUGUAUACCUGCGUAAGGGAUUGCCAACCGCCCAGUUUUGAUUAUAAGAGUGAAGUUGUCGGAAAGGGAAACCACGUGACCUCAAAAGUCAAAGUUCAUUGCAGGGAAGGAUAUGAACAGAUUGAUGGACAGGUGGGCGGGGUUGAAAAGACAUGCAUGGAUGAUCAGACGUGGUUUGGACCCACGCUAUUAUGCCAAGAUCAGAAUGAGUGCGCCACCCCGUCAACAAACCGGUGUCACAUGUUUGCGAAAUGCAUGAACACCAGGGGGAGCUAUAGUUGCACUUGCAUCAAUGGUUACCAUGGAGAUGGAAUCACGUGCACAGCAGACAGCUGGUUCAAGGAUGAUGAUUGGUCGGAUUCUGGUUCCAACAAGACUGGGACAUCACUGUCAGAUGAAUGGGACGAGGCAUUGAUAGAGGUCCACAAUGAGAAAGUCUGCGGGAAAAGAAUCAUCAAAAAGCGUCAGGGAGUUUUAAAAUCACCGAGGAGUCCGUUGAACUACCCGAGCAAUGCUUUUUGCGUCUGGAUCAUCGCUGUUCCUCCUGGAUUGGUCAUAGAACUGAGAUUUAUGAAAUUUGACCUUGAGCGAGAACAACGUAAUGAAGGUUGUUCCCGUGACAACGUGACGUUAUACGAUGGCCUCAAUCGCGACCCCAAGUGGUGGUUGGGAUCUUUCUGUGGAGACGAACCUCCUCCUACUAUGAUGUCACAAACAAAUAAAGUUAGAAUUGAGUUCCGCUCUGAUGAUUCGGCCCAAUUUGCAGGAUUCGAAAUUAGAUUUACAGCUAUUAAUCUCAACUUUGCUUGUCUAAACUUUCCCGCUCCUUCCUAUCGCGGAAUUAUGAUUUUGAACGGGACACGGAAUUCCACCACUCAACCCAGGAAAACCUUGCUGAUUGGUUGCGCAGACGGAUAUACUAUGACGUCAGCAACUAACGUCAGAACUUGUCAAGACAACGGAAAGUGGGAUGAUUUCAGUAAUCCAUGUACACCUGUAUCGUGCGGAUAUCCCCAUUUACCGAUCGAUUCUGAAGGACUGAUCGUCGAUGAUGAGCCUGAAAGAUUCCGCUACGGAGAACAACCGGUCAGAUACAGAUGUAAGACGGGCUACACAAUGCGUAUUGAACAGGGAUUCGAUGAUUUGAUAAUCUGUGACAAGAAGGGAAAAUGGAGCAACGAACAGCAUGGGGUUAUACCUUGGUGUGAACCGAUCACUUGCGUAUGUUACUCUGACGUCACUUGUGCCGCCAAUGAUGGGGAAUCCCCGCCUCACAAAGCCUUGAGGUGGGAGGUUAACGACCACGAAGGAAGAGUCAUCUCUCAACCAAUAGGACAGACUUUCUCAUACGGAAGUAGAAUCGAAUAUUCUUGUGCAGAUGGUUUCGUCAUAUCCGGUGAUGACGUCAGAUUGUGCACUGCGGAUGGAUGGUCGGGUCGCAGAACUUCAUGUGAAGAAGCUCCUUUCGCCGGCCUGACGAAUUAUCACAUUGCCAUUAUCGCUUCGGCGUCAAGCGGGUUUAUUAUUUUGCUCGUCACGAUUGCUCUAAUCAUCUGCUGCUGCCGAGACCACAAAAAGAAAAGCAAAAAGAGAAGAGAGAUCAGGAAUAGACGUGCAAGGACUGGUAGAGAUAAUGACGGUUUUACGAUGAAUAUGGCUCUCGCUGGAAAUGAAGAUUUCUUAUACGGGAACACUGUCGACCGUCGUAACAAACCCGCUGGGUUCGCUGGAAGACAUAACAACCUCAGAAAGUACCAAGAACGACCUUAUUUACUUCCUGCCUCCGGUCAAGUUCCUGCUUCCCGGGUCACGACCCCGCGUCAGCAACAGCCCCCAACAACGAGGCCAACAAACGGAGCGCCACCGUCUCGUCCAUAUAACGUUGAAAUUCGUCCGAAUAUGAAUCGAACUUUUCGUCCGAGCGUUAUGGAGAACAGGUCAUCACCAAUGGUGACGUCACAAAACCAGAGGACAUCAUCCGUGACGAAAGUAAACCCGCCCCCUGGAUACAUGGACCCGCCCCCUAGUUACGAUACCAUGGUUCGCCAAGGCUACAGCGAUAAACAAAUCAUGAAAAAUAAACGUCGAUAAUAAUGAUCAGAUGACGUCAUUGGGAAUGUGACGUCACACAUAAUGUGACCGUGAACAUAGUCAUAUUUUGAAAAUAUUUUAUUAUUGUAUUUUUUUUUAUCAUUUUACCCUUUUGGGAUUGCCACUAAAUAUUUUUACCAAAUAUAUCGUAAAUAUUUCGCUUUUUAGCGGAUAAAGGAUAA